AGCCGAAAACAAUGGGUUUCGACGCGGCGACCUGUCGUAGAUUGUUGUUGCAAUAAUAUCAUGUGAAAGAGUCAUGCAGCAUUGCAUCUGAUUACUAGAUCCGUAGGUAUGCAGUGCAGCGUUCGAGAUGAAGUUUAUCGACCUUCCGUUCGCAAUGCAGCUAGAUCGCUGCAAUCACUGCUAUCACAAAUAAUUAUUGCUUUCCUUUUGUUGUCCUGCACUGCGGAUGCCUGCACAGUGCUUGAGUUUACAGGCGAGGGCUUCAGCCCGAACCUGAUGUGGCUACUGCACGCCUACCCGCUCUACGGGGCCAUGAACGGCACAUUCUACGUGGACAGCAAGCUCUGGCCGCACAGGUGCACUGAAACAGGGGGCGGCUGGGGGGACUUCUUCAGCGACGCAGAUGUGGUUGACUGGAGCGCUGACAAGGAGAGGGCUGCCGGGAAGGUGUGCCUGCGCCAGGGCUCCAGGCAGGUGGACGAGCUGCUGCACAAGCUGGGCACCGGCACAGAAGAGCUGGAUGGCAUGGCCGUCAACAGACUGUGGCGGUUCAAGCCGGCGGUGCAGAAGGUGGUGAAUGCCACGCUGCGCGAGUUGAAGGGCCUGAACAACCCAACAGUCGCAUUCCACAUCCGCGGCGGGGACCUGUCUGCAGACCUGCAGCAAAACAAACGGAAGCCUGUCAGCCCGCAGCAGUACGUGGACAGGGCACUGGAAGCAUUUGGGAAGAAGGCCAAGGGGGGCACGUGUGUGAUCCUGGGCGACGACCACAAACUGAUGGGCGAGACGGCGAAACUGGCCAAGGCCAGACUGGGGUGCGCCAUUUAUCGGCGGCCGCCGUACUACCGCAAGGCAGGCCAUGUGGCAGCAGAGUUUGCCAAGGAGCCGCUUGGGAAACGCUGCGCGCACACCGUGCAGUACCUGCAGGACAUCGAGCUGAUGACUCACGCCGACUACUUUGUGGGAACGUUUCACUCCAAUCUGCCAAGGAUCGUGCAGACGCUGCGUUUCUCGCUGCUGCACAAGGACAAGCGCACAUUCGCGGAUGCGUCCGAAAUGAAGGCCGAUUGGUAUGAGAAGGUGAGGGAAUACUUCAGGGAAGAUGCUAAGCAGAGGAAGGGGCCCAAAGCGGUGCCAGCAGCAUAUGCAGCCUCAAUGCGAAGAUCCAUGCUCAGCUGGGUGCAGUAGCUAGACUUUUAUCAUCUUUUGAGACCAGUGAGACCUGGAUUGAGGUCCUUUGUCGACAUGGGAAGAGAUGUCAAUUGACAUUGUCAAUGAACGCAAGCGAAGUGACGGGAGCGGGACCAGGAACCUGUUUGUUUUGUGCCUGCAUACUUUACAUAUAGAAAUAUCUUCAUCUGGUUGGUUGGAGGGAGCAAUAUCUUUGGGGAUCCCCUUGCGAGUCAGGGUGCAUCAGUUUAGUAGUAUUCUGAGAGCAAGCAAAGGUGAGAAUGAGAUGCAUACUAAAAGAAGCACACCCAAAAGGCUUCUUUCUAGGAUUGCUUUUUGCCAGUUAAUCUCCACAUUGCUUGCGGGUAGCAAGUAUGACACAGGGUAAUGCUGUGAUAAAUUUAAAAUGUGACAAAGCA